AUGCCCCGCCACAUUAUUAUUGUCGGCGCAGGUGUUGCAGGACUCACAGCUAGCAUUGCGCUGUCUACCGAAUUGAAGCGAAGAAAUGAGCCUUACCGGAUCUCCGUUUUUGAAAGCAGGACGAAAGAGGCCAUUGGAGAUGGAGGCGCGAUCAGCCUGACUCCACUGGCGUUAUACUAUUUUAAUACGCUUGGGGUCCUGGCCGAACUAGACAGUAUGGGGGAGAUGGCAGGGCUUGAAGUAGAUGGGAUCUCAGUCCUGUCACUGCAUAAUGGCCAUUUCUUACAACCGCUGAAGUUUGGGGGUGGUAGUAAUGGCCAUAGUGGUAAGCAUAAGGGCCGACGGGUACUGCGAAAGGCGCUUUUUGAAGCAAUGCUUGCGCUGGCGCUCAAGGAUACGCAAGUCUCGGUUGAGUUCGAGAAGCGGGUCGUGACCGUCCGUGAAGUACCCGAAGCCGUUAUACUUACUUUCGAAGACGGCUCUUCGGCCAAAGGAAGCUUGCUUCUUGGAUGUGACGGCGUCCACUCGGUUGUACGAAGCCAGCUUGUUGACCCGGGCCACUUAUCCGAUUAUUCGGGAGUGUCUUUUAUACAGACGCUUUCAACGGCCGACCGCGUUGGCGCUGAUCCGCAUUUUGAGAGAAGUGCAAUUCAUCUGAAUCGUCAUGGAUCUUUUCUAGCCACUUACUGCGACAAAAGCCACCAGUCGGUGUUUGUGGCUGCUGUCACCCAUGUCAAUGAAUUUAUGGUCGACAAAUAUCGAGCCAGGGCACUUGCGACGAAGAACGAGGAGGCAUUGACGGCUAUUCAGAUGGCUCUGCGGCACCAAGUUCGCUGUAGAUUUGGCAAGUCUACUUUGCCAUGGAUCCAGGAAUGGAUUGACAAGACAUUCGAUUGGGCCUUGUACCCCGUGUACCAGGUUAAGGGAUGUAGAAAAUGGUAUACUGCACAUACUUUGCUACUAGGAGAUGCGGCGCAUGCAAUGCCUCCCCGCGAAGAGUCGGCCGCAUACGCUAUAGAAGACUCAGUGCUGUUCGCGCACAUCUUUGCCAACGGAGUCGAUCGUCCACCCAUUGAACUUUUUCAACAGUACGAUAACGCACGGCGAGAGGAGAUACGCAAAGCCUUUGAUUCUACCCGCAGGUUAUGGCAGAGUGAUUUAGACAAGGGCCUGUUUCCAGGCCAAUACCGGAACUUCAUAUCCACCGCCUACCAUUCACUAAAUGCGGAUGCGGAGCAAGAUGACCAGGCCACCCUGUUGAAUAGGUCAAUCUCAGCUCCGACCUACGAGGGCAUGUCUGAUUUAUCUGUUCAUUCUUUGCUCUAUGACUCUGCACAUUCGUUGGAGUCAGAAAAAAGAUGGACGGGUCCAUGA